UACCUUCGGGGUGGGGGGGAGUGCUUGAUAAACAAGCCUGAUCACCAAAGUUUUGAUCCCCUAAACCUACCGAAAGCUGUCACACGUUGCAAGUGGCACAGAGAUAUGUAACCCCAAUAUGCUCCCAUGGCAGUGGGACAGUCAGAAGAAUUCUGAAGCUCAUGGACCAGCUAGUCUGGUGUUCGUUCACAGGACCAAAAAUCCAGACAGACCUUGUACAAAAUAAGACUCCUGGCAUCCUGCCGCGGAUGGACACUGCAGAGGCGUGCUGGUCCAGCCUCCCUGCCAGCCAGUGACAAGCCCACACACACCACCUUGACACUACCUCCCCUCCUCCUCUGUUCCCGUCCCUUCUGGAUGAACCCUCUCCUAAGAAUCUCCUCCCCAGGACCCUAGAGGAACCUCUCCCGGCUGCUGCCCCGCUGCCUCCUGUCGGCCUCAGUGACUGCCUGCCUUGUACUGGUCUUUCCCAGAUAUGAAGACCCCUUCCUGGCACUGCUGAAGCCAGACCAAUAGCCAGUAGCUUGGGUACCCUAGUUUACCCCAGCACAGGCCCUGCCUGAACACAACCUCUCCUGCUUCCCAAAGCAAGGCUUCCAGAUCUCUCCCACCCUGACUCAGCUUCGGUUAACUCAUGGUGUGAGGGUCACGUGGAUGGUAUAGGUGUUUGGAUAUUACACACCAGGUCCUCCCUCUUCCACUCAUCCCUGACCUCUGGGAAGCACCAUCACCACCACUACCACCACUCCCAGCUCCACAAUGGCUGCCGAGACGCUCAACUUUGGGCCUGAAUGGCUGAGGGCCCUGUCCAGUGGGGGCAGUGUCACUUCCCCACCGCCAUCCCCUGCCAUGCCCAAGUACAAGCUGGCUGACUACCGCUACGGGCGAGAGGAGAUGCUGGCCCUUUAUGUCAAAGAGAACAAGGUCCCUGAGGAGCUGCAGGACAAGGAGUUUGCUGCGGUGUUACAGGAGGAGCCACUGCAGCCCUUGGCCCUGGAGCCUCUGACUGAGGAGGAGCAGAGGAACUUCUCCCUGUCCGUGAACAGUGUGGCUGUGCUGAGGCUGAUGGGGAAAGGGACUGGGGCCCCCCUGCCUGCCACCACCCGUGGCAGGGGCAGCACAAGGAGCCGAGGUCGCGGCCGUGGUGACAGUUGCUUUUACCAAAGAAGCAUUGAGGAGGGUGAUGGGGCCUUUGGGCGAAACCCCCGGGAGAUCCAGCGAAGCCAGAGCUGGGAUGACAGAGGUGAGAGGCGAUUUGAGAAGUUGGCAAGGAGGGAUGGAGCACGAUCUGGGUUUGAGGAGGGAGGGGCUGGCCCGAGGAAGGAGCAUGCUCGCUCAGAUAGUGAGAACUGGCGCUCGUUACGCGAAGAGCAAGAGGAGGAGGAGGAGGGAAGCUGGAGACUUGGGGCCGGACCCCGGCGAGAUGGUGAUCGCUGGCGUUCUGCCAGCCCUGAUGGCGGCCCACGCUCUGCUGGCUGGCGGGAACAUGGGGAACGGCGGCGCAAGUUUGAUUUUGAUUUACGCGGGGAGCGAGGGUGUGGUGAAGAGGACGGGCGGGGUGGGGGAGGCAGCUCUCACCUCCGGAGGAGCCGUGGGCCUGAUGGCUUUGAGGAUGACAAGGAUGGACUCCCGGAGUGGUGCCUAGAUGAUGAAGAUGAAGAAAUGGGCACCUUCGAUGCCUCUGGGGCUUUCCUGCCUCUCAAGAAAGGGCCCAAAGAGCCCAUUCCUGAGGAGCAGGAGCUGGACUUCCAGGGCCUGGAGGAGGAAGAGGAGCCUUCAGAAGGGCUGGACGAGGAGGGGCCUGAAGCAGCUCUUGCAGGUGCGAAGGAGCUGAGCAUGUUGCCUCCUCCAGAGGAGAAGUCUGGUUCCCCAUCCUCGCUGCCUACCUUGGGCCCUCUCUGGGCUACAAAUGGAGACAGUGAUGAAGCUGUGGAGAAAGAGCUUCCUGCAGCUGAAGGAGAUGACAUGAAGGCUCUUCCACUGAGUCCUGGAGCUAGCUCGCCUCCUGGCCCACCUGGAGACCUGGAGGAUGAAGAAGGCUUGAAGCACCUGCAGCAGGAGGCAGAGAAGCUGGUCGCCUCCCUGCAGGACAGCUCCCUGGAGGAAGAGCAGUUCACCGCCGCCAUGCAGACCCAGGGUCUGCGCCACUCCACAGCUGCCACUGCCCUUCCCCUUAGCCAUGGCGCUGCCCGCAAGUGGUUCUACAAAGACCCACAGGGGGAGAUCCAAGGCCCCUUCACAACCCAGGAGAUGGCAGAGUGGUUCCAGGCUGGCUACUUCUCCAUGUCACUGCUCGUGAAGCGGGGCUGUGAUGAGGGGUUCCAGCCUCUGGGAGAGGUGAUCAAGAUGUGGGGCCGUGUGCCCUUUGCCCCUGGUCCCUCGCCACCCCCAUUGCUGGGGAACAUGGAUCAGGAGCGGCUGAAAAAGCAGCAGGAGCUGGCUGCGGCAGCCUUGUACCAGCAGCUGCAGCACCAGCACUUCCUUCAGCUGGUUGGCAGCCGCCAGCUCCCGCAGUGUGGGCUACGGGAAAAGGCAGCUAUGGGGGACCUGACGCCGCCGCAGCAGCAGCAGCUCACAACAUUCCUGCAGCAGCUCCAGGCUCUCAAACCCCCCAGAGGUGGGGACCAGAACCUGCUUCCGACGAUGAGCCGCUCCUUGUCGGUGCCAGAUUCAGGCCCCCUCUGGGACUUACAUACCUCAGCCUCAUCACAGUCAGGUGGUGAGGCCAGUCUUUGGGACAUACCAAUUAAUUCUUCGACUCAGGGUCCAAUUCUGGAACAGCUCCAGCUGCAACAUAAAUUCCAGGAGCGCAGAGAAGUGGAGCUCAGGGCGAAGCGGGAGGAAGAGGAGCGCAAGCGCCGCGAGGAGAAACGCCGUCAGCAGCAGCAGCAGGAGGAGCAGAAACGGAGGCAGGAUGAGGAGGAGCUCUUCAGGCGGAAGCAGGUGCGGCAGCAAGAGCUGCUACUGAAGUUGCUACAGCAGCAGCAGGCAGCUGUCUCUGUGCCCCCUGCGCCCAGCUCCCCGCCCCCACUCUGGGCUGGCCUGGCCAAGCAGGGCCUGUCCAUGAAGACUCUGCUGGAGUUGCAGCUGGAGGGCGAGAGACAGCUGCACAAGCAGGCUGUGUCCCGGGAAUCACUGCGGGCCCAGGCCCCCAACCACCGCGUGCAGCUUGGGGGCCUGGGCACUGUCCCUCUGAACCAAUGGGUGUCUGAGGCCGGGCCACUGUGGGGCGGCGGGCCUGACAAGAGCGGGGGCAACAGCGGUGGCAGCCUGGGACUCUGGGAAGACACCCUCAAGAGCAGUGGGAGCCUGGCCCGCAGCCUGGGCUUGAAGAACAGCCGGAGCAGCCCGUCUCUCAGUGACUCCUACAGCCACGUGCCUGGCCCAGGUCGGCCUGUUCGCAAGAAGACCGAGGAGGAAGAGAAGCUGCUGAAGCUGCUGCAGGGCAUCCCACGGCCCCAGGACGGCUUCACGCAGUGGUGCGAGCAGAUGCUCCACACCCUGAGCGCCACAGGCAGCCUGGAUGUGCCCAUGGCUGUAGCCAUCCUCAAGGAGGUGGAGUCUCCCUAUGAUGUCCAUGAUUAUAUCCGUUCUUGUCUGGGGGAUACGCUGGAAGCCAAAGAAUUUGCCAAACAGUUCCUAGAACGGAGGGCCAAGCAGAAAGCCAGUCAGCAGCGGCAGCAACAGCAGCAGGAAGCCUGGCUGAGCAGCACCUCCCUGCAAACAGCAUUUCAGGCCAACCAUAGCACCAAACUUGGCCCUGGGGAGGGCAGCAAGGCCAAGAGGCGGGCCCUGAUGCUGCACUCAGACCCCAGCAUCUUGGGGUACUCCCUGCACGGCCCUUCCGGUGAGAUCGAGAGCGUGGAUGACUACUGACCAACCCAUCCCACCAGCCCCCUGGGCUGUAGGCCAGGGUGGCGGCAGCAGCUUGGACCCUCGGGUCCCCAGUCUGCGGGCUCCUGAGGAGCCGAGGAGGAAGUGGGGCAGGGUCCCCAGCACUUGUUACAAACCACACGAUGCACCUUAACUCACCCACAAGGCACUUUACAGAUGGGGGAGGGGCUUUUCUUUUCCUUUUUACUUCAAAUGAUGUUAGGAGAUACCGUUUAAAAACUAGACCCUAGACACCUUCCCCCUUGGGGGAUAGUAGGUGUGACAAUGGAAGGUCUACAGUUUUUUUUUGUUGGUUUUGUUUUUGUUUUUGUUUUUUUUUUUAAGAAAAAUGAUGAAAAAGAAAAAAGAAAAAAAAAGGAGGCAGAAAGAAAAAACACACUGUUAUUUUGGGGCAAUGGGUAUCAGACCCCAUGGACCUGUCCUGCCUGGUUCCUAUGGCUGCACUUACCCUGCUGUCCCUGGAAGGUGGGUCAUUGGGGUAACUGGAAGCUAGGGCGCUGGCAGUUUGCACAGUGAGGCCCUCUCAGAUCCCCACCCAUUGGACCUCUGGACAGCUCCCUGUGGCUGAGACUGUGACAGAGGUGUUCAGGGUGGGGACCAAAGUUACCCCUUGGCUUCACUGCUUUGGGGGAAUGUUGCACAAGUUGGACAAGCUGUCUCAGCCUCCAGCUGCCCUCCCACAACUGGCUGGUGGGAGGCGGGGAGGGCCAGUCAGUCCCAGCCUUCAGUGAAAGGUGGAAUUUGGACUCAGGCCUGCUGAGGAGCUUCCCCCACCGCUGCCAUUUUGGGGGACAGCCUGGCUGUGACACUUAAAAAGUCCCAGCUCCCUGCCUUGCCACAUGAAUGUAUUCUUUGGCCCCAAAACCCCUGCCUCACCCCCUCUGAGGAGGGGUGGAGCCGUUCGUCCAGGAGCUGUGGAGUGCCGCCUCACUUUGUCAAGGUCUGGUCCUUGUUCCUGUGGGCAGAAGGGCUACAUGGAGCUGAACCUGCAGUAAUAGAAAUGGCUAUCAUGGGAACCCCCCCCCCCCAAUUUGCAGCCAGUUGUAUGGGGUAUGGACCACUGGACUCUGCGCCUGACUCCAUCGACCAAAUGGGAGAGGAAUGAGUGGCUGAUCUCUCCCUUCAGCUUUUUUUUUUUUUUUUUAAUGUUGGGUAAGGAUGGGGUCAAGAGCAAAAAAGUGUCUCCAGGGUCUGGGGUAGGCUGACUUGCCUGUUGCUGACUGACUUCUCACUCUUAGUUCCCUGCCUGGGCUUGUCUCCAUUUGGUUUUUUAGUAGUUUGUUUUAUCCUUUGACUUUUCUCAUUGAACUCCCAUAGACCUCAUUGCUCAGAGUGCAGUAUUAGGGCGAGACUGCCACUGCCUCCCCUCCAUGAAUGUAUUUCUCCUUUCUGCCCUGGGGAAGUGGAGAGUGGCCCCAGUUUCUUUCCGCAUCUAUCCCAGAAAGGACUUCUUUAUUUUUUUAUUUUUUAUUUUUUGCACCAAAGUGGCAACUGGGUCAGUGUUGGGGAUAAAGCUGGCCUCUAGGUGGAAGGGCCCCUCCACCUACUUCUCCCUGGUUUUGACAGUGUUAGCGUCUGUGAAAAGACAAUAUUCUCUCUAAAGCAAUAAGGGGUGACGGGCCAGGGGGAAAGGUCUUGCUGCUGCUGGCCCCCCACUCCCCCUUCCCUCUUGCCGUUGUGGCAGCAUUGCAGGGCGGGGGAGGCUCCUGUUGUGACUGAAUGUAACCUCCCUGCCCCUGCCGCAGCCAAUGCAGGGGAAGGGGGGACACUUCCUGUCUCUUCCUGCCCCUUCCCUCCCCAGCUAAAGAGACUUUGAACUUGGGGGCCCAUGAGCCUGGAGAGGCCUUAACCCUGUGAGGAAAUGUAGGGGGAGCCCUCUCCCACCCCAUCCCCUCUGAGAGUGGUCAAUGUUUACAAGCCCUGAGCCCCCCAGCCCAGGGACUCACACCCCUAUCUGGUCUUUUCCCAGUCCCAGUCUUCCUGGGCCCUAGCUGCUCCAACCCUUUCGGGGUUCAGGGUGGUACAGGUGUCCUGUGUUCCCUUCUCCAGUUUCCCCACCACCACCCUGUGUGACUUCCCUUUUUUCUUCCUGUCCCUGUAAAUACUUGCCCCAAUAAAACUUGGUGUGUGUUC